AUGAAAGUAUAUUCUAUUUUCAGAUCUGGGCGAUUUUUUGUUCUGCUUUGUCUUUUCAUUGUGGAAGGGAAAAGGUUACCUACAGGAAAGCAUACCUGCCGAAAAGGACUCCUCUUCCAAGUGACAGAGAACCUGUAUAUCAAGGCAACUAGUUUAAAAUCAUCUGUUCCUAAAGAUCUCAUCAAGAACACAAGACUGCUAAAAAAGACAACAAAAAUGAUGUUUAUGACAAACUGCAGCGUUCGAGAUCAGCUCUUGUCAUUCUAUGUGAAAAAUGUUUUCACUCAUCUUGGAGUGGGAAGUGAAAGGCUGUACGUUAUUAGUGCCUUCCAGGCCCUGCAAGAGAACCUGAGCGCCUGUCUUCCAUGUGCUCCAUCUACAAGGUUAACUCCUGCUGUCAAAAAAAUAAAGAGAACAUUUCAGAAGCUUGGAGAGAAGGGAAUCUACAAGGCCAUCCAUGAGCUGGAUAUUCUCCUUCCCUGGAUUCAGGCCUACAUACAAACCGUUAUAUGAAGAACAAGGGUUUGACAGAUAAGAAGCCACUUCUGCACUAAGAAUGAAUCCUUACCCAAAAGACCUGGAAAUGAACUGAGAGCCGGAUAGAUGUACAACUGGCCUGGAUGCAAUUCCAACACACUGCAGGAGAGCCUCUGUACCACGAUGGCAUAAAGAGAGGGAUUUUCAAGAGCUUUCAGAGUUGGUCUGGUGUAUCAGCUACAUCUG